GACCGCAGGAUGUCGAUGUCUUUCCGUGCGGUCUCGCGAGCACUGCUCAUGAUCCUUGCGUAUCCUUGACGUGAAUUUUUUGUCUUGUGAAAAGUAAAGACGUGAAUGAUGAUUUAAGAAUUAGCCACAUACGAUAACGCUAUAGAAUUAUGUGGGAUGAAAUUGUUAAUAUAAGACUCGAAUGUUGAGCUGUCAUUGUAAGUGUGUGUGCGUAACGUUGUUUAUGGUUAUAAUCCAUUCAUUUCGAUCGCAACCAGUUGCCAAUUAACGAGUCAAGGAUAACGGAAUAAGAAUAAACGGCAAACCGGAUAUCGUGUUUAUUUUUUGUGAUUUAGAUUCUUGAAAUACAAAUCCAUACAAAUCUACUUCACAAUCGUGUAAAUGUAAUGUAAUUAUUUACAAAUUGAAGAUUAUGCUAAUUCCUAUUAAUUUGAAGCAAUAACUCCAAUAUUGUGUAAAUAAAUGAAACUGAUAUUCUUUUAUGAAUGAAAAAAUUUUAAUUUUCUACACUAUGGAACUUCUCAACCUGUAUACUUUGUUUAAAAUAUACAGUUAUAUAGGAAUUUAUAGUGAAUCGAUGCUUGACCAAUAUAAAAUGAUGAUAAAUAGAUAUCAGUGGUUAUGUGUAAAAUAAUACUGUUAAUGAGGAAAUAUUUAUCAUUGUCUUUAUAAAAAUUGGCAUAAAAAAUAUUUGUAUAUGCACGUGAUGUCCAAUUCUAAAAAAAGUUCUGAUCAUAGUCAAAGAGAAACAACGAAAUUGCCAUUGUUGUCUUCAUGAAUUUGGCAUAAAUAUUUGUAAAUAUACACAAUGUCGAAUCCUAAGAAAAGUCCUGACUCUAGUCAGAAAGAAUCCACAAUGUUAGACGAGCAACCUAAAGCGACAGUAAGAAAAAAAGGAAACAUGGCACAACGCAGAUGUAAACUGGACUUGCAUGGUUGUUUAAAUCUUCAGGAUAUUUUAUUGAUAUUCAAUAGCCCUGUGAGUCAGGAACGAGCAUGGGCAUUAUGCUAUCAGACAACUAAGAGUCUGUCAAGUUUAACACAGAAUAAAUUUUAUGAGAUAUCGGAAUUCUCACAAAUUGUGCUUCAUAAAGAUGGAAAUAUUCGACUUGAUAACUUAGCAGGCUCUAAGCAACCUCUUGUUUCUGAGGAAAAAGCAGUAGUUUCAUUGGGUAUGGUGAUUUUCAAGGCCUUGGAUUUUGGUUCUAAUGCAGAAGAGGAAAUAGCUUUGUCACCGGACCUAGAAGCUCUUAUUACAUUGAUGACAAAUUGUAGUCGAGCAUCUGAAGGCGAUGUGGAGGGACGCCUGCAGGAAACUGACGACGAGGGUAUUGAACGAGACUCGGGUGAUACUGAUGCUGACGAUGAUAUGAUGUCGAAAACCGCCGAGCGGUAUACAGAUAGUUCAGUAUGUACCCUGAAGACUGUUCUUCAAAUAUGCGCACGGCACGUACAAAGUUUGCAUGAAGAUGUCGAUAAUUAUUAUCAGAAUGUAAUACAAACGUUCGUAGAAGAGGCUCUUAAUAUCUCUCAGUUUCUCGAAAAAGUGGUUGUUGAUAAACAAUCACAAAAUUUAUUUAGUAUGAAUGGGACUGAUCAUAGCUCGACUUCGCUGCAAAAUCUCGACACUUUGGAUUUCAAUGAUUGGGCCAGAUUUUGGGUUCAAGUUAUCGGCGAAUUGAGGCGAGGAGUGAAGUUGAAAAAGGUAGAAGCUAAUUUGGGUUCCCGGGCUUCCUCACGCGGGCAAGGAAGAUCCCCGGACUACAAACUGACUCCUUACGAAAUUCUGAUGGACGAUAUCAGGGAGAGACGGUAUCAUCUUAGAAAGACGCCACCUACAUCUUCAAGGAAAGACGCACAUGCAAUUAUUCUCGAGUUUAUUCGUAGUCGUCCACCGCUUAAAAAGGCCUCGGAAAGACGAUUACGACCGUUACAGAAGGAAUGCACCCUGAGAGAAUUACUUAUGGAGAGCAUAAAGAAACCCCCAAAACCCUUAAGAUCAUCUUGCUCGAGACAAAAUACUACGAAAGUUGAAGAAACAUCACCUAGCAACGCGAGCGGCGUGUCUCGCAUGAUAGUCCUCGGAGAGGUUCCGCCGUCGCAGCCGGAGCAGGAGCAGGAGUCCGCGCAGGAUGUCGCGGCCCAGUGGUUGCAGUCGGAGGAUCAAAAGACCAUGGCGACGUCGGGUCCUGGUGCCGGUGUCCUGACGGCACCAAGCCGCAAGAAGCAGGACGUCCCGCCGGUACCACAACCACGACAAAGGAUCGCCAAGGACCGACCCGACGUCAGGGUCGUACCAGCUAGGAAUCGUAAGUCGCGUAGAAGGCGCAUUACGGUCGCAGAUAUAACGAACAACGGAGAAGAUAUCAAGGAGUACGAAUCAUCGGCAAUCCCAAAACCAUCAGGAAGAAAUCUGGAAGUAUUGAAUGCUGCCAGACGGCCCAAGAAAGUGAUACCCGUGGAUUUUGAUUUAAAGUUAGAUGCGGAAGAUGAUGACGACGACGACGAUGAAUAUUACAACGAUGAGGAUUUCGCCGAGACGAGGUUUGAGGAAGAGGAUGAGGCUUCUAAUUAUUGGCACCUGAAAGAUUACACUUUUGGUGGCCGGGAUGUGCGAAACGGGCACAAGGAUCACGAGCAAAGGGACGACGACGAAGCGGGAUCAGCGAAUCCUUGGCGAAAGACUGGCGGACUUCGCUUAACUAGAAACGAAUAUCACCGAUUCUGUGAUGCUCAAUUAGAAUCUUACGAUUUGGCGACGCAAUGUCCUUCCCGGAGAGCGUCUGCAAAAAGACAUUCUGCGAAGUGCGUUGUACCGUUAAUGUCGCUCACAGGGACGACAUCUUUGCCGCAGUCGCGACCGCAGAGUCGGCAGCAUGCCGGUCUCACGGAUUCAUCAUUGAGUCAAGGUCCAAGUCCCAAUAUCAGUCUAAACCCAAGCCCGAGUCUCAGUCCGCAGCCACGAGCAAGACAACCACGCCGGGCAUACACGAUCGCUGAGGGCAAAGACGAGAAAGUACCUGGUGAAGAAUGGGAGGAUGAUACUGAUCGGAAAGCGACGCUCGGGGACAUGCUGCUGGAUGAAAGGCUCUCGUUAACAUUGGACGAGAUCGUUCACAUUCGCAGUGUCCUCACGAAGGCCGAACUAGAGUCCCUUCCUGUAGAAGGACGCGUGAAAGAAGAUGUGGAGAAACGACGCGUUUGCUUCCUCUGUCUGAAAACACGCUUUGGUUUAUUGGGCCCUUGGGGCCAACGCUGUCGCUUGUGCAAAAGAACCGUCUGCGUGAAAUGUUAUUCAAAAAUGCGGAUACCGACAGAGCAGUUCGCUCGGGUGCCGGUCGUGUUACUUUCUCCCGGACUAUUACUCUCACCUACGGAAGCGGAAAGUAGCAGCGGUAGCGGUGGCGGUAAAAGUCCCUGGUUGAGGAACACAAGUGCUGUCGGUUCGGCACCGGCCUCUCCUGCGUCUAGGAGAAAGGAUUCCGCGUUGCGCACUGGUACACCUGCUUCGACGCCAACGACGACACCUGUCUCUGCACUGACGCCGAUGUCGACACCACCCUGUCACGCGCGUCGAGAAAUAGAAAGUCAAGGAAUGGACAAAAGAUGCUAUAAGGGUAGUGGCAGUCCCGCUGCUCUCUCGACCACGAAGACGUUCUCGACGUCCAGCGGACCGAGUGCCGAGCAACGUAUGGCUGCGGAACGAUUGCGCGGCGUCGCCGUCGUUGUUUGUCACGACUGUCGUAUCAUGGUCAUUCAGAUAAUCAAGAGCUCGAGAACGACACGCGCUACGAUACGCAACAAUGUCAUCUCUCGCCUCACCUUGAACCUCUCCCCAGCGUACGUCUAAUCGUCGCCUCUUCGCGAGAUGUCCGUCAGUAAGUUCCGGUACACCGUUUCGCUAUUGUUUCUAUGUUUACUUUGCGCAGCUCGCGUUUGUUUUGAACGCAUUCUCCAUUGGCAAUGAGAACAAUCGCUGUCAUUCUUACAACGUGGAAGUCGGAAGGAGGAAAUGUUCUAUGCGCAGGCAUUUGUUUUCGUUGCGAGAUGUGAGAAUAUAUUCAUAUGAAAAGUGGAUAUGUGUAAGAUGCGGUACAUAGCGCGAAUCAAAGAUUGAAAUCGAUAUAAUUCCGUUGGGUUUAAUCCUCAUUAGCAAAGAUAAACAAAGAAAUGUAUUGUGUCAAUAGAUAUAUUUUAGUUGUCUACAAAUGAACAUAUUAGUGAUCCUGUUUGUCUUCUUUAUAUUCAAAUUUGAACUCUGCAAAAUUGUAUCAAUUUCAAUGAAUAAUUCAAACUGAUUAUUUAUAAACGAUUUGCUUUACGCGUUGUAAUAUUUAUUUCGAGCUAAAAUCUUUAUUUUCUCUUUUUAUUUUCUUUAUAUAUUCACAAAUCCGUCAAAGUUCCAAAAUCUAAAGACUGUUGCUUUUGUAAGAUAUUUAAUGCUCUACUUCCAAAUGUCUUUGACUUUUGUACAGGAAAGUUUUUUUUUUAUUAUAAACCCUUCUAUAUCAGAAUGUGAAAAAUCUAUAAGAUUAAAAACUUCGAUAGUUACAAAUCCAAAGACUUAAAAAUCUGUGAAUUUGUAAAUUUCAGAUGACCAACUUCUUUGCGCAUCAGUUAAAAACAUUUUUUAGAAAGAGCAUUGUAUUAUUUUCUAAUAGACAAGUGUACCAAUGCGCGAGGUAUAAUAUUAAUUUUUCAAUUAGAUUGUACUGUAUCUUGCAUGUCCAUAUUUUAUUUGAAUAACUUUUGUGAUUUAGUAUGUUAUUUAUUAGCACUAGAAUUCUCAGAAUAUUUUUAUUUGUCUCAAACAAUGUUGAUCUUGGAUAGACAAAAAUUUAUGGAAUUACGUAUAAUUUAUCUAUUUAUAUGAUUUUUUGUCGUUUCUCGUUAUAUUUAUUAUUUGUUAUUUAUAUAAUUUAUCAUGAUAUCUUCAUGAUCAAAGUACCAAAGAACUUAAGAUCCAAGCAGCUAAAGACUUAAGAAUUAUACUUAAAGAUUCAUUUAAUAUAAAAUAAUGCACAUCUAAAACUUCAAAUAUCUAAAGAUCUAAGGAUAUGUAAGAAUUUAAAAGCUUACGUGUUUUGAGAAUGUAAACCUAAAGUAAAAAUUUUGGGAUAUAAGGAUUUGAAGAUUUACGAAUUGAACAAUAUAACGUUCUAAAUAUGUGAAGAAUUCAGAAUCUAAGAAAUCAAAGAAAAAUUAAAGGCCGGAAAUGUAAAAAUUCAGUUUGUGUGAAUAAUCUAAACAAUUAAGGACUCUGUACGUGUUAGGAAAAUUCAAGAUACGAAGACUCCAUAAUGUUUCCAUAAAACUGACUUUUUACAAAAAUCUGUACUUUUAUCCCGCAAAUCUUUGAUUUCCAAGAUUGUCACUAGCAAAUUUAAAUCCUUCAUACCAUAAAUGAUGAUGAAUAUGAUACUUUAUAACAUGAAUUCUUAAAUAAAUAAAUAUUCAUAGAUAUACUUCGCUUUUACAUAUCCUUGGACUCCGAUGUGCUUCAUUAUGCGAAUUCUUGAUAUCAUAAGUCUUUAACAUUAUAUAUCCUUAAUAUUACAAAGAUUCUUAAAAGCAAAAUCUUUGGCUGCUUACUCGUAUAAAUCCUUUCCAUUGAUUCUCUUGUGUCUCAAUAGUUUUUCAAGAUGGAAAAUCCCAUUAUUAGAUGGAACCCCGAUUAUACACAUUUGAAUUCACUAAAAAAAAAUUACGAUCCACUUGCGAUCUCUGGUUUCAUUUUUUCAUUAUUUAUACCAAAUAUUACAGGUUUAUAAAUAGUUCCGAAAUGGUAAUAUAAUGUUAAUUUAGCUUUUAAUAAAAUACACAAAAUUGCGAAAAUUAAAGUAUGCAAUAUUGUUAGCCGUUUUAGAAAUGGAGGCAGAACCAAGUGGGGACAAGCCUUAUAAAAAUAGUGAUCGAUGAUAACUCGCGUAGAGAGCAUUCUUAUAUAUUGUAAAAUAUUACCGUCGAUCUUCCAUACAAAUAAUAACGCAUUUAAGAAAAUGUAUUUGAAAAUUAAACUAUAUUCGUCUCACUAGAGAGUAUACAAGAUAUUUCAAAAAGAUAUAUAUACAUAUAUAUAUAUAUAUAGCUAAUCACAUUUUAAGACAUAUGCAAUUCGACUGUUAAACUGUAAGUGAUGAAAAUGAGUGAAUAUUAAUUUGAGACUUUUAUUUUCUGCUAUUUUGAAGAUUUGGUUAUUUUUUACUUUUUCUAAUGGUAUCAAGGUAUAAAAUGAAAAAUUAAUUUCUAUAAGUAAAGGCUAUAAGUAGUAGCGUUAUAUAUAUAUAUAUAUUGAGCGAUUUCGAUAUCAUAUUUACAUAAUCGUCCAAUUAAGUAAAUAAAUUAAAUACGGACCAAUCUUUUGCUUAGUAAAUUAAUCAUCAAGCACCUUUGCUAUGUAUUGUAUGAUAUCUUUUUAAGAUAUCUUGUAUAAACAAUAAUAAUGUUCUGAAAAAAAUAGAUUGAAGACAUGUCGUGGAAAGGAAGCGGAUAUAAAAAUUAUUGAUGCGAUUUAUUGUAACAAUAUCUUCUCGUGUCAGUGGGUAAACAAAUUUAAUAGAAACAUUAGAUAAGGUAUAAAAAGAAAAUAUAAAUGAGAAAUAGGUUCAUAUAAUGCAUGUCAAUGAGGGUCUAGAAAUAAUAUCAAUUGAUCACCCGAUGUUAUUAAUCAGAUAUUUAGUAACAUCAAUAUCGAAAAGAUCGUAUGUUAAUUAUUCUUAUUGCACCUAAGCGCGAGAAAAAUAAAUUGUAAUUAUUUGCUGUAGAGCUAAUUAAUUGUUAGGAUUUAUUUAUUAUUAUUUUGCGUGCCAUUCGUACAGAUGAGCGCGUAGAGAUAUGUAUAAACGGAUUAUAUUCUAUUAAUUGUAUAUAUUGUAAAUGAAUUCUGUUUCGCAUUGUAAAAUACGUACUCACAACGAUAUUAUUUAUUUCAGAUAUAAUUUAUUAUUUAAGGUGCGAACGAAGCUGUGACAGUGGUGAUUGUUGUUAGAAAGAUGUAUAUAGGUGAGAAAAUCGGCGAUCCGGCGUAAGUGAUCCUGACCGUGAUCCUGAUAUAAUAUGAUGCAGAGAGUACAAAGAAGUGACAUAACGAAUUAUAAAGUUCCGCUGCGAGUAACUGCGAAGUGUUUCAAUGUUAAAGUCGAUAAAUAAUAUAUGAACAAUUAGGUUUGUUGUAAAAGCUUUGCAAGGAUCUGAAAUAUUCAGGAUGAUUACGGUUACAGACGUUACGCAAAGAUCCGAGAAUCGAAGGAUUCACGGGUUCUAAGAAAAGAUCUAAUGGCAUAAUGAAAGUUAUUGAAAGUGCGAAAAAUUGAAAAGAAAAUUGAAGGAUCUAAAAAUAUCAAAAAGAUCCUUAAAUUCCGAAAGCACAAAUACUUCAUGCACGAAAGCGAAAUUGUUAUUUACAUAGAUCUCAUUCUUUAAAUUCUUCUUUCCCUUUCUCUCUCUCUCUCUUCGAACGAGAUUUAUUGUCCAAUAUAUAUAUAAUAUAUAUAUAUAUACAUAUAUUUGCGUUUUAGGUUAUAUGAAAAUAUUAAAAUGGUUGAAUUGAAAUACAUCGAAGAAGUUGUGGAAUCAAAGGGAUUACACAGGGUAAUAGAGAUAGUAACAGUGAAUUUUGAAACCAGGUAUCAUUUUCAUAUAUCCUAUAUUAAUUCGAAAAUCUCUUGGAAAAUAUCUUAUUUGGAUCCUGGAUCUUUAGAGAUGUUUUCCAUUCUCACAAUUCAUUUUCGAACUCUUAAAAAAUUUAUAGAUAUUUUCUAAAAGAAGAGAGAAAUAUACAAGAGAUUCAAGGAUUUGAAGAACUUGAGAUUCUGCGUAAAUUACUGCAGGACUUUUGUAAGAACGAUAUGCGUUGCGCGAGCUACAGGUGUUUUUUCGUUUAGGUAUGUGUUUAGGAGAAUUGUUCAAUUAGGCAAAUUAGAAUUUAUCUUUUCAGGCAAAAUGUAUCCGCUUCGUUUUAUCGUUAUUCGCAGAAGCUUAAACGAUGUAAAUUUGCAACUAUAGCUGGCUAUAAUAAUAUAAGUGAUGAUAUGAUGAAAUAUAAAAACAAAAAAAAGAGGAAAAUAAGAAAUAAAGAUAUCUUCGAAAUGUUAA